AUGAGCUCGGGCCCCGAGCCCCGGACAGCCCGGACACCCUUCAGCAUCGCGGAUAUCCUCGGCCCCAGCACGGUGCCUCGAGGACCCUCUGCGCCGCAGCUGCCAGAGUCGAGCCCAGGUCCCACGUCGCCGCUGGGCGCGCUGGAGGAGCUGACUAGCAACGCCUUCCGCGGACUUGACGGGCUCGCUCUGCAGCCCUCUGAAGGCCGCGCGGCCCCGGACGCUCCGGGCCACGGCCCGGCGGGCCGCCGACGGCGGAAGUCCCGCACGGCGUUCACGGCGCAGCAGGUGCUGGAGCUGGAGCGGCGCUUCGGGUUCCAGAAGUACCUGGCGCCCUCCGAGCGGGACGGGCUGGCGGCGAGGCUCGGCCUGGCCAACGCGCAGGUCGUCACGUGGUUCCAGAACCGGCGCGCCAAGCUCAAGCGCGACGUGGAGGAGAUGCGCGCCGACGUGGCCUCGCUGCGCGCGUGGAACCCCGAAGUCCAGGGCCGCCUCGCGCUGCCAGACAGCGCCCGCGGUCGCGGCCUCGGCCUCGGCCUCGGUCUGGGCCCGGCGCGGCCGGACUCCGGGCCCCACCUGUCAGACGAGGAGAUACAGGUGGACGAUUGA